AUGGACAAAACAUCAUCGCGUCGUGACUCGAGAUUGUUUCUUAGAUAUUUUUUCGUAUUAUCUCAUAAUUUUUACAGUCUCGUCCAUAUACGACUUGAUUUAAUACCUGAAAAAUACUUUAAAAUUGUCCUUUUUAUUCAUUUUUUGGAUGAAUUAUCAGCUGAUUUAGAAUCAAGAUUUGACGAAGUUUCAAUAUCAGUAUACGAUCUUGAUGUAGUCCUACCAAAUAGAAUUGAGAAAAAAUAUAUUUUUAACGAUAAGACUAAAAUAGAAAAUAAGAUUUUAAACGUGGUUAAUCAAUUUGGUGAUGUAGUAUCAAAUUAUUUAAAUGUAUCUCAUGAUAUAUUUGAAAAACGCAUAAGUGGAGAAUUAACCCUUUGGCACGAAUAUUGGCUCAACGAAAAGCAACUACCUGUGACUCAUAUUGAUGCUUUAAAACGUUGUGACUACGAUUGUUUUCCUGAAAUCAAUAUUCUAUUAAAUAUACUUGUGACAUUACCAGCGACCACUGCAUCAGCAGAACGCAAUUUUUCAUCUCUGAGGCGGAUAAAAACAUGGAUGAGAACAAGAAUUUCGGAAGAUCGAUUGAAUGGACUGGCUUUACUACAUGCUCAUCGUGAUAUAACAAUAAACUCUGAGGAUGUGAUUGAUGUAUUUGCAAAAUCUAAUAGAAGACUAGAUUUUGUAAUUUAA